CGCUGCCUACUCUCCCGGUCCUCCUCCAGAGGAGGAGGGGCCACUUACUCCAGCCAACUUCGGGAGAAAAUGUCUGGAAUUCCGUUUCCGCUUUAGGGAGUGGACGGUGAUUUUUUUUUUCUUUUACGAACCAACUUUCAUUUCCACGUCAAUUCAAACAACUUUGAGUUCACUGUCCCGGAUUUAACUUUCCGUUACGACGAUGGCUUCCUCACCUCAGAAGUCCCCGUCCUCUCCGAAGUCUCCGACGCCCAAAUCUCCGUCUUCCAGAAAGAAAGAUGAUUCUUUCCUGGGAAAACUUGGAGGAACUUUGGCAAGAAGGAAAAAAGCGAAAGAAGUGUCUGAGCUUCAGGAAGAGGGGAUAAAUGCCAUCAACCUUCCUCUCAGCCCUUCUCACUAUGAGCUGGACCCUGAGGACACCAUGCUAGAGGAGAAUGAAGUGCGCACCAUGGUGGACCCAAACUCCAAGAAUGACCGCAAACUUCAGGAGCUCAUGAAGGUGUUGAUCGACUGGAUAAAUGAUGUCCUGGUGGGGGAGCGGAUCAUUGUGAAGGAUCUGGCUGAAGAUCUGUAUGAUGGACAGGUCCUGCAGAAACUAUUUGAAAAGCUGGAGGGUGAGAAACUCAACGUGGCGGAGGUGACCCAGUCGGAGAUCGCCCAGAAACAGAAGUUGCAGACUGUUUUAGAACGCAUCAACGACUCGCUCAAACUCUCCACCAGGAGCAUUCGCUGGAAUGUUGACUCCGUUCAUGCGAAGAGUAUAGUUGCCAUCCUGCACCUGCUGGUGGCGCUGUCGCAACACUUCAGAGCACCAAUCAGAUUGCCAGACCACGUUUCUAUUCAAGUAGUGGUCGUCCAGAAAAGAGAGGGCAUCCUUCAAUCCAGACAAGUUCAAGAGGAAAUAACUGGCAACACAGAAGCUUUCUCUGGCAGACAUGAACGCGAUGCUUUCGACACCCUGUUCGACCAUGCUCCAGAUAAACUGAAUGUCGUCAAAAAGACAUUGAUCACGUUUGUGAACAAACACCUGAACAAGCUCAACCUAGAGGUGUCUGAAUUGGAAACACAGUUUGCAGACGGUGUGUAUCUGGUGCUGCUGAUGGGGCUGCUGGAGGGAUACUUUGUGCCACUCUACAACUUCUUCCUCACACCAGAAAAUUUCGACCAAAAGGUGCAUAACGUGUCCUUCUCCUUUGAGCUGAUGCAGGAUGGAGGUCUGGAGAGACCAAAGCCCCGGCCAGAAGAUAUAGUGAACUGUGACCUUAAAUCAACCCUGCGUGUCCUGUACAACCUCUUCACCAGGUACAGGAACGUAGACUGAGCGCCACGUGUAGCAAGAGGGAACACUUUUUACCAUGGACCACACGCUAAAGCUUAAAAAUGUAUUUUUUCAUUGUAAUCAUUGUAGAAAUCUGUUUUUUAACAGAAUGCAUGCAUCACAUUUUGUUGUACCACACACAAAUCUUUAUUUUUUAGUCCCUGCAAAGACAUGUGCAACAAAUUUACACCAGCCUAAAUGUUUGGCUUUUAUUCGGGCAUUGCCAUACAGUCCUACAGACUUAUAUUAAUUAAAUGAGAUAGCUAAUGUUAAUCUGAAAUCAGAGAGGUCAUUCUAUAACAUCUUUUGUUACCCUGAAUAGCUAUCAUGGAGGGGAGAUUUUAGAUUAACAGCAUUUGUAUCUUUUAAUUCAGAAAAGAAAAUGUUAAACUGUAUUUAUUGUACAUUUUGAUACACUUGUUCUUUCUUACUUUUCCAGCAAUUUCAUGUCUUUAUGUCGUGCCUUUAUUUAAACAUGUGAACACCCUAAGCUCCCAAUACUUGACUUUGGGAUGUAUGUGCUCCCCAGUUGUCUUAACGCUCCAGAUUUCCUUUGUGGAAGAACAUUUGACAUAUUUGACCAAAGCUUUGUUGUAUUCACACUGUAAAACACAUAAAGGCUUUACUCAGCAGCAGCGACUUAAUAUUUUGUCUCCCUGUCUUAUAUUUCAUAAUGUUUCUUAUUUUGAAUUGAGGUACAUCGCCAUUACCCUUAUAAUCACUAUAAUACAUUAUAUUUUUUAACACACAAUAGAUUUCACUCCAUUCUGUAAGACAAAUGAAAUUUGACUGAAUAUUACGUUACAAAUUGUAUGUAGUGUUCUACUUCCAAGGCAAUCUGAUUUCCUCAAACAACAAAUGCAGUAAUGAUCAAUUGUUUGGGCUGCCAACACAUUCUCUAUCAUGUAUCUAUUUAUGUUUUAAUGCAUUAUAUCCAAUAAAUUGUUCAGUCCCAGAA